GAAUGAGAGUAGGAGGAGGGUGAAGCAAAAGGGAGAAAAAGCGAGAAAACCGAAGGACAGCAGGAUGAGAGAGCUGGAGAGGAAGACAGAAGGAUAGAGAGAGAGAGGGAGAGAGAGAGAAAAAGAGAGCCAGGAGCAGCAUUGAGACAGACAGAGCUGGAGCCACAGACGCCGCUACGGAGACCACACUCCAUCCGGCAACCAUGACAACCAAGGCAAGCGCACGCCGAGCCCCCAGCCUUCUCCUUCUCUGGCGCCAGUGAGGGGGCUAUGAACCUCGACGUACUGAGGGAACGAAGACUGCGAAAAACAGCAUAAGAAAACAUCAAAAAAACACUCAAGAACAGCCUUACCCAAAGGAUACUUAUCCUUUUUUAUUUUUUGCUUUCUUGCAUUUAAUUUCUCCUUCUUCCCUCAGUAGUGAUGAAGAGGUAUGGGGGUUGAAUGGAUGGAGCUGUCUCCACUGCUGAUUGUGAGGGUGCGCUCCCCUCAUUGCUUGCGAGAGAUGCUGAGAAGCUGUACCCAGGAAACCCUCCAACCUUGACCCAGCAAUGGAGUCCCUGAGGUGGGCUUGAAACACCUCCACACCCCAUCCCCCUCAUGUUUCCCUUUGGGAACAAACAAGCAGAACUACUGCCCCCCGGACUGGAAAACCAACUCGUCCUCCUCAAAUUGGCGGAGGAGCCCAAGAGAUGAACGAUGUAAAGCCAAUGGGCAUCAGCUUGCUGUAACCUUGUAUAAGCCAGUGUCAGUGAGUCCUCAUGAACCCCAUGGCCCAGCUGUACUACAAGAAGGCGAGCUACUCGCCUUACCGUGACCGCAUCCCACUGCAGAUUGUGCGGGCAGAGGCCGAGUUGUCGGCUGAGGAGCGGGCCUACCUGACCGCAGUGGAGAAAGGCGACUAUGCCGGGGUCAAGAUGGCCCUUCAAGAGGCCGAGAUCUACUACAACAUCAACAUCAACUGCCUUGACCCCUUGGGGCGCAGUGCGCUCCUCAUUGCCAUUGAGAACGAGAACCUGGAGGUGAUGGAGUUGCUGCUGAGUCACGGCGUCCAUGUGGGCGACGCACUGCUUUACGCUAUCCGCAAGGAGGUGGUGGGAGCAGUGGAGUUACUGCUGUCCUACAGGAAACCCAGCGGUGAGAAGCAGGUGCCUGCUCUGAUGAUGGACACACAGUUUUCGGAGUUUACUCCUGACAUCACACCAAUCAUGCUGGCUGCCCACACCAACAACUAUGAAAUCAUCAAGCUCCUAGUACAGCGCAAGGUGACCAUCCCCCGACCGCACCAGAUCCGGUGUGACUGUGUGGAAUGCGUGUCCAGUUCAGAAGUAGACAGCUUGAGGCACUCUCGCUCUCGGCUCAACAUCUACAAAACCCUGGCUAGCCCCUCACUCAUCGCUUUGUCCAGCGAGGACCCCAUCCUUACAGCAUUUAGGCUGGGCUGGGAGCUGAAGGAACUCAGUAAAGUGGAGAAUGAGUUCCGGCAGGAGUAUGAGGAGCUUUCGCAGCAGUGCAAGCUCUUUGCCAAGGACCUGCUGGACCAGGCACGCAGCUCACGUGAACUGGAGAUUAUCCUCAACCAUCGCGAUGACCACAGUGAGGAGCUGGACCCCCGUGAGUGCAGAGACCUGGCCAAGCUCAAGCUGGCUAUUAAGUACCACCAGAAGGAGUUUGUGGCUCAGCCCAACUGCCAGCAGCUCUUAGCCACGUUGUGGUAUGAUGGUUUCCCAGGUUGGAGGCGACGUCACUGGGUGGUGAAGCUGGUGACCUGCUUCACCAUAGGCCUGCUGUUUCCCGUCUUCUCCAUCAUCUACCUGCUGGCCCCAAAGAGCACACUGGGCCUCUUCAUCAAGAAACCCUUUAUCAAAUUUAUCUGUCACACUGCCUCAUACCUGACCUUCCUCUUCCUAUUGCUCUUGGCCUCACAGCACAUAGUACGAACUGACCUGCAUGUUCAAGGGCCACCUCCCACCGUCGUGGAAUGGAUGAUCUUACCUUGGGUACUUGGCUUCAUUUGGGCUGAGAUCAAAGAGAUGUGGGAUGGAGGCUUUACUGAGUAUGUCCAUGACUGGUGGAACCUGAUGGACUUUGCCAUGAACUCUCUCUACCUAGCCACCAUAUCCCUGAAAAUGGUUGCCUAUAUUAAAUACAACAGCUCCCGUCCUCGUGAGGAGUGGGAGAUGUGGCACCCUACGCUGAUUGCUGAGGCACUGUUUGCCAUUGCCAACAUCUUCAGUUCCCUUCGGCUCAUUUCACUCUUCACAGCCAACUCGCACCUGGGCCCUCUGCAGAUCUCACUGGGUCGCAUGCUUCUGGAUAUCCUUAAGUUUCUCUUUAUCUACUGCCUGGUGCUGCUGGCCUUCGCCAAUGGCCUCAAUCAACUGUACUUCUACUAUGAGACUGAGGCAGCCGAUGAGCCCAACCACUGCAAAGGGAUCCGCUGUGAGCGGCAGAACAACGCCUUCUCUACGUUAUUCGAAACCCUCCAGUCUCUCUUCUGGUCUGUCUUCGGUUUGCUCAAUCUAUACGUCACCAACGUGAAGGCUCGGCACGAGUUCACGGAGUUUGUGGGAGCUACCAUGUUCGGCACGUACAACGUCAUCUCACUGGUGGUGCUGCUCAACAUGCUCAUCGCUAUGAUGAACAACUCAUAUCAGCUUAUUGCUGACCACGCUGACAUUGAGUGGAAGUUCGCCCGCACCAAGCUGUGGAUGAGCUACUUUGAUGAAGGAGGGACACUUCCCCCACCCUUCAACAUCAUUCCCAGCCCAAAGUCAGUAUGGUAUCUGUGUGUGUGGCUGCACAACCGACUCUGUGGCCAGGGCCAGCCCAGGCCUAAGGAGCAGCACAAACAUGAGAACCUCAAGGAGUUCACGGAACGACAUGCUGACAACCUCAUUCAAAACCAGCACUAUCAGGAGGUGAUCAGAAAUCUGGUGAAGCGAUACGUGGCAGCCAUGAUCCGCAGAACCAAAACAGAUGAGGGGUUGACAGAGGAAAACUUCAAGGAGCUCAAGCAGGAUAUCUCCAGUUUCCGCUAUGAGGUUCUGGACCUGCUGGGCAACCGCAAGCCUCCACGUCGCACCUACUCCUCCAGCAGCGAGGCCACGCAGCAGGAUGAUGCAGCUGAAGUUGAGCAGGAGGAGAGGCGGGACAGGGACGUGAGUUGUGAAGAGGGAGCAGAGUUGUCAAGGGUCAGGAGCUCUGUUUCCUUCGCCCAGGUGGACAGAAAGAACCGCGAGAGUCAGUACAGUGUGUCAGCCCUUUUCCGGUCCAUGGCAGGCAUGGAGGAACCUCCUGACGAUAGACCAAAGAGCAAUGGCUUGAGGAAGAGCAAGUGGUCGCCCUCCUCAUUUGUGAGGACGAGCAGCCGCCUACAGCGUUUUUCACGCUCCAAGAAGGACUCCUUGCGCCGCUUGGGCUUGCUGUUCCAUCGUAUGAAUGGACAUAUGCCAGAGGCACGCACGCAGAGCCUUGGCGAUCAGCCUCUUCAGCAACAGCAGCAGUCUGCCUACAGCAUCUCGGACAGAGUUUUACAGCCGCAAACCUCCUGGAAGGACCCGCAGGCUCUGCCGGAGGACCGGGUGACAAGGAGCGAGCUGCACCUGCACACACUGGAAGUGGGGUCCAGAGAGAGAGAUUCAAACCCAAUGCAGUCCACAUCUCAGCAGGCAAAUGGCAGGGACAGUCUCUUACUCAGGCCCCCCGGCCACUCCUCGCUGCCUCCCCUGCACUGUGCUUCCAGCCUAACUGCCUCCAGCUCCCGCCUGCUGUCCUCCAAUGAGGACCUUUGUCAGGGUUGGGUUGGACCCUGUGACAGCCUGGGUUCUUCCUAUUGGGAGCAGGAAGAGUCUGUCACAACUCAGCUCUAGGCACAGACUCAUUGGCUGCUUGAGAGUAGGCCAUGACAAUUGAGGCAAUCCUGCUAUGACUGUUUCCAGCCUAAAAUGACUGUGUAUUAACAAAACUGGCAAUGGACAACACUCGUACAUACAGUACUCA